GAAACCGGAAGGGGAGAAGGAGGAGGAAGAGGAGGAGGAGGAGGCGGCGGCGGCUGGAGAGGCUCGGUACCGGUACCGGCGGGGAUGGGGGAAUGAAUCCCUGUGGAGGCAGCGCUGGGAAGGAGCCUCAGAGCAGCUGAGAGAGCCCUGAGAGGAGCUGCUGGAGGAGGGGACACCCCACUAACUGCACCAGCCUCCUGCCCUUACUAACAAAUGUCAACAGCUCGGGAGCAGCCCAUCUUCAGCACCAGGGCCCACGUGUUCCAGAUCGACCCAGCCACCAAGAGGAACUGGAUCCCGGCCAGCAAACACGCCCUGACCGUCUCCUACUUCUACGAUGCCACCCGCAGCGUCUACAGGAUCAUCAGCGUGGGGGGCACCAAGGCCAUCAUCAACAGCACCAUCACCCCCAACAUGACGUUCACCAAGACGUCGCAGAAGUUCGGGCAGUGGGCCGACAGCAGGGCCAACACCGUCUACGGGCUGGGCUUCGCCUCCGAGCAGCACCUGAGCCAGUUUGCAGAGAAGUUCCAGGAGGUGAAGGAAGCCGCUCGUGUGGCCAGGGAGAAAUGCCAGGAUAAAACUGAGCUCACCAACCCUGCCCUGAGCAUCCCUUCCCACCAGGUGCUGCCCAGCCCCAUCAUCAGCUCCAACGGGCCGGGGGAGGACAAACUGUUCCGCAGCCAGAGCGCGGAUGUGGAGAUCAGCACCGAGAAGGAGAGGCUGAAGAAGAUGCUCUCGGAGGGCUCGGUGAGCGAGGUGCAGUGGGAGGCCGAGUUCUUCAGCCUGCAGGACAACAACUCCAAGCUGGUGGCUGCCCUGCACGAGGCCAACGCCAGCGUGGAGCAGUGGAAGCAGCAGCUGGCAGCGUACCAGGAGGAGACAGAGGCACUGAGGCACAGGGUGGCAGAGCUGGAGGCACAGGGGACCCACGAUUCCUCCAGUGAGAACAACAAGGAGGAGCUGAGCCAGACCCUGGAGGAGCUGGAGCUGCUGGUCAAGGCUAAAGAUGAGGAGAUCCAGAUGCUGAAGAGCCAGAGGUGCCGCUGGGAGGCCGAGGGGGAGCGCGAGGAGACGCUGCAGAAGCUGCAGGAGCUGGAGGCCCGGAACGCCGAGCUGGAGCAGCGGCUGCAGCUGGCAGAGCAGAGCCUGGCAGAGAGCCUGGCAGAGAGGGACAGGAUGCACCACGAGGUCACCAAGGUGGCCGAGAUCAUGGACGUGAAGGUCUUCGAGCUCAGCGAGCUCAGGCAGGGCCUGGCCAAGCUGGUGGAGAGCAACUGAGCAGCAGAGAGCCCCUGGAGAGGGGCAGCCGCAGCUGGGGCCGGGCACCGAGAGCUCCCGUGGGCACUGAGAGAUCCUGUGGGCACCAAGAGAUCCUGAGGGCACCGAGAGAUCCUGUGGGCACUGAGAGAUCCUGUGGGCACCAAGAGCUCCUGUGGGCACCGAGAGAUCCCGAGGGCACCAUGAGAUCCUGUGGGCACCAAGAGAUCCUGAGGGCACCAUGAGAUCCCGUG